GAAGUGAGGGUAGGACCAUGGCGUAAACUCUUCCACCCAGACAGGUUGAUCACAGGAUACGAGGAUGCCUCAAACAACUUUGCCAGAGGUUUCUUCACCGCGGGAAAGCAGAUACUUGGAAGACUUUUCGAUGAGUUUAGACGCACAAUGGAGGCCUGUGACUUUGUCCAGGGCAUCCUCUUCUUCAAGAGCCUUGGUGGAGGCACGGGAGCCGGUCUAAGUGCAGCUAUGUUAGACCUCAUGAGUGAUUACCGAAAGGUCACUAAAGUCGAGGUGCCCAUCUACCCCUCACCUUCAAUAUCUACCUCCAUCACGGAGCCCUACAACAGUGUUUUGGGUGAACAUUUUUCGAUAGAAGACUACAAUUUGGCCCUGCUGAUGGACAACGAGGCCCUCUACGACAUUUGCACCCGCUACCUUCCCACGACUAAUACAACCUACAACGGACUGAACCGAAUCCUUUCUGUUGUUAUUAGUUCAAUCACGGCAAGUGUGCGGUUUCAGAACGUCCUGGGCGGUGAUUUCAAUGUGGUACAAACCAACCUCAUUCCCUAUCCCCGUAUCCACUUCCCGCUGAUCAACUUUGCCCCCUGUAUCUGUAACGAGAGCAAGCACUUUGAUGAGGCGACCACACGCAGCAUCAGUAGACAGGUGUUUGAGCGUGCGAACCAACUCAUAAAGGUGGAUCCGGCUUUUGGCAAGUACAUGUCCUGUACCCUGCUGUACCGCGGCGAUGUGGAUCCCGGUCAGGUGUACUACGCUGUGAUGGAGCUGAAGACAGUCAAAUGUGUGGAUUUUGUUGACUGGUGUCCGACCGGCUUCAAGGUGGGCAUCGCACGAGAGCCCCCGGUCUGCCGCAUUGAGAGUGGCAUCGCCCAGACUUCUCGUAAUGUAGUCAUGCUGGCAAACAAUUCUGCUGUCAGUCAGGCCUGGGAACGUAUGCUGCGAAAGUACCAUCUCCUCUACUGCCAACGCGCCUUCCUGCAUUGGUAUCUUUGCGAGGGCAUGGAGAAGGCGGAAUUUGUCGAUGCCUACGCAAACAUCUCGUCUCUGGUGAAGGACUAUGAAGAAGUGACCACAGGCUGUUGA